AGCGAUGAAGUGUGCUGCGUUACCGCGCAUCAGGCGCCGUUGUGGGAGCCAGACUACGGUGCGUCUCUGACCGAGCCGGCCCAAUCAAUCCUCGCGCGUACACUCACCGAGCCGCGCGCUCCCCCUCGCCGGGGCCCUGGCGCAGGCUGCCGCUGGCCGCGAGACCUCGGAGCGCUGCGAGAGCGGGUGGGCGCCCCGGUCCCCCGGCAGGUGCCCGGCGCGCCAUGCAGGGCACGUGCGUCCCCCGGCUCUAACCCGCGCGCCGACUGGAGCAUGAUCCGUGCCCAGGCCGGGGCCGCCAAGCUAACAAGGCUGUGUUCAGCAGAAAUGGAUACAGGAGGAGCAGCGUAGUUCAAAGACUAAGGGAGGCAUCUUCUCUCUUUUCCUGGGAUUUAAACGCGAUUUAGGAGGGCAGAUGCCCUACCUGAGAAGGCCAGACUUUAAAGACCCAGGCAGUGUCGUGGUUCAAGGCGUCUCAAAGCAGGUGGCCAGAUCUGCGUUUCUCAUCAGCGGACUCGCUCCGGCUGUGGCUAUUACGAAUCUGUACCAGAACAGGUUUUUAGGCCUGGCCGCCAUGGCAUCUCCAUCUAGAAACUCUCAGAAUCGACGCCGGUGCAAGGAGCCGCUCCGUCACAGCUACAACCCCGGCCAGUUCCACAGCAUGGCCAUUAGGAACGGCCCCCAUGGCGCCGUCACCAUCCCGCGCUCCACCAGCGACACCGACCUGGUCACGUCCGACAGCCGCUCCACACUGAUGGUCAGCAGCUCCUACUACUCCAUAGGGCACUCCCAGGACCUGGUGAUCCACUGGGACAUCAAGGAGGAAGUCGAUGCUGGAGACUGGAUCGGCAUGUAUCUCAUCGAUGAGGUCUUGUCAGAAAACUUUUUGGACUAUAAGAACCGUGGAGUCAAUGGUUCUCAUCGGGGCCAGAUCAUCUGGAAGAUUGAUGCCAGCUCUUACUUUGUGGAACCUGAAACUAAGAUCUGCUUCAAAUACUACCAUGGUGUGAGUGGAGCCCUGCGAGCCACCACCCCCAGUGUCACGGUCAAAAACUCCGCAGCUCCCAUUUUUAAGAGCAUUGGCUCUGAUGAGACUGUCCAAGGGCAAGGAAGUCGGAGACUGAUCAGCUUCUCUCUCUCAGAUUUCCAGGCCAUGGGGUUGAAGAAAGGGAUGUUUUUCAACCCGGACCCUUACCUGAAGAUUUCCAUUCAGCCUGGAAAGCACAGCAUCUUCCCUGCGCUCCCACACCAUGGACAGGAGAGGAGAUCCAAGAUCAUAGGCAACACCGUGAACCCCAUCUGGCAGGCAGAGGCUUUCCACAUCACUUCAGAGCGUGAAAAUAAAGGUGGCUCCACCGAAUCUCCAGCCCUGGAGCAUGUACAGAUGCUGACGAUGAAAGAAGAGCUCUUUUCUUUCUAUUCUAUUAGGGGACAGAGUUGCACUGCUCCUUGCCGGGGCCAGGUUCAGUGUGAACUACUUCGGGUUCUUCUAUGUGGCUUUCGCUCCCUGAAGGCUUUCCACAUCACUUCAGAGCGUGAAAAUAAAGGUGGCUCCACCGAAUCUCCAGCCCUGGAGCAUGUACAGAUGCUGACGAUGAAAGAAGAGCUCUUUUCUUUCUAUUCUAUUAGGGGUACCAUAAAGGAUAGGGUGGUCAGCUAUACACUUGGCCGCAGGCUUCCAACAGAUCAUGUGAGUGGACAGCUGCAAUUCCGAUUUGAGAUCACUUCCUCCAUCCACCCAGAUGAUGAGGAAGUGUCCCUGAGCGCCGAUCCUGAGUCCGCGGAAAUUCAGGACAGCCCCAUGAACAGCCUGGUGGCCGGCGGACGCAGGGAGCCCCCGGGGGAGGCCCUGGAGGCCGCCAGGAGCUCGGAGCCCGAGCCGUCGAGCCAGGCCAGUGCCGGGGACGCUGCCGGGAGCGAGAGCCUGGAGCUUGCCGAGCCGGUUGAGGACGCGGCAGGUACCACCGAGGCAGGAGAGGACGGCGCGGGCUCUGUGGGACCUGACGGGGCUGGGGAGCUUCUGGGCCCGGGGCGCGAGGACGCCGAGCCCGCCCUGAGCGCGGAAGAACUGGCCGAGCGGCUGGAGCUGGGGGGGGACGCGCCCCCACCGGGGCUGCUGGCGGACGCUGAAGCCCCGGGCGGCCCCGGCGAGCCCGAGGCGGAGGAAGCGGCCGCAGAGAGCCGGGAGGGGGGAGAGGAGAAGGCGCAGGCGGAGGAGGAGGAGGGCGACGUGUCCGCCCUGGGGCAGGGGGAGGCCAGGCUGCCGCUGCGGGCGUCGGUGAAGAGGAAGAGCAGGCCGUGCUCCUUGCCGGUGUCCGAGCUGGAGACGGUGAUCGCGUCGGCCUGCGGAGACCCCGAGACCCCGCGGACACACUACAUCCGCAUCCACACCCUGCUGCACAGCAUGCCCUCCGCCCAGGGCGCCAGCGCGGCGAGCGACGAAGGUCCGGAGGAGGAGGCCACCCUCCGGGACGCCUCGGAGAAGGACGGGCUUAGCGAGGUGGACACGCUCGCCGCCGCGCCCCCUGCCCUCGAAGAGGACGGAGAGGAAGCCGAGGGGGCUACUCCAGGCACGGCGACCCCCGGCCACGCGGGCUUGAGCAACGGCCUCGUCCCCGAUGGCGACAUGCUCCCCAGCACCGGGAGCGAGAGCGACUCGAGCCCCCGGCAGGGCGGGGACCACAGCUGCGAGGGCUGUGACACGUCCUGCUGCAGCCCGUCCUGCUACAGCUCCUCGUGCUACAGCACGUCCUGCUACAGCCCGUCCUGCUACAGCCCCUCCUGUUACAACGGCAGCCGCUUCGCCAGCCACACGCGCUUCUCCUCGGUGGACAGCGCCAAGAUCUCGGAGAGCACGGUCUUCUCGUCGCAAGACGACGACGACGAGGAGAACAGUGCGUUCGAGUCUGUGCCGGACUCGGUGCAGAGCCCAGAGCUGGAGCCGGAGUCGGCCAACGGGGCUGGGCCGUGGCACGACGAGCUGGCCACCCCCGCCGGGAGCGUGGCAAGAACCGUGGAAGGUCUGGAGUCCCCUGUGGCAGGGCCAAGCAAUCGGAGAGAAGGUGAAUGUCCUAUACUCCAUAAUUCCCAGCCAGUAAGCCAGCUUCCUUCCUUGAGGCCUGAACAUCAUCACUACCCAACAAUCGAUGAGCCUCUUCCACCAAACUGGGAAGCUCGCAUUGACAGCCACGGCCGGGUCUUUUAUGUGGACCACGUAAACCGCACGACCACCUGGCAGCGUCCGACCGCAGCAGCCACCCCUGAUGGGAUGCGGAGAUCGGGGUCCAUCCAGCAGAUGGAGCAACUCAACAGGCGGUACCAAAAUAUUCAGCGAACCAUCGCAACAGAGAGGCCCGAAGAAGAUUCUGGAAGCCAAAGUUGUGAGCCGGUCCCGGCAGGAGGCAGUGGAGGAGGCGGUGGGAGCGACUCAGAGGCCGAAUCUUCUCAGUCAAGCUUAGAUCUGAGGAGAGAAGGGUCACUUUCUCCAGUAAAUUCACAGAAAAUCACCUUGUUGCUGCAGUCCCCAGCGGUGAAGUUCAUCACCAACCCCGAGUUCUUCACUGUGCUGCAUGCCAAUUAUGGUGCCUACCGAGCCUUCACCAGUAGCACCUGCUUAAAGCACAUGAUUCUGAAAGUCCGGCGGGACGCCCGCAAUUUCGAGCGCUACCAGCACAACCGCGACUUGGUGAAUUUCAUCAACAUGUUUGCAGACACACGGCUGGAACUGCCCCGGGGCUGGGAGAUCAAAACGGACCAGCAGGGAAAGUCUUUUUUCGUGGACCACAACAGUCGAGCUACCACUUUCAUUGACCCCCGAAUCCCUCUUCAGAACGGCCGUCUUCCCAAUCACCUGACACAUCGACAGCACCUCCAAAGACUCCGGAGCUACAGCGCGGGAGAGGCUUCAGAAGUGUCUAGAAACAGAGGAGCCUCUUUACUGGCCAGGCCAGGACACAGCCUAGUAGCUGCUAUUCGAAGCCAACAUCAACAUGAGUCAUUGCCACUAGCAUAUAAUGACAAGAUUGUGGCAUUUCUUCGCCAACCAAACAUUUUUGAAAUGCUGCAAGAGCGUCAGCCAAGCCUGGCAAGAAACCACACACUCAGGGAGAAAAUCCAUUACAUUCGGACUGAGGGUAAUCAUGGGCUUGAAAAGUUGUCCUGUGAUGCAGAUCUAGUCAUUUUGCUGAGUCUCUUUGAAGAAGAGAUUAUGUCCUACGUCCCCCUGCAGGCUGCCUUCCACCCCGGGUACAGCUUCUCUCCCCGCUGUUCACCCUGUUCCUCACCUCAGAACUCCCCAGGCUUACAGAGAGCCAGUGCAAGAGCCCCUUCACCCUACCGGAGAGACUUUGAAGCCAAGCUCCGCAAUUUCUACCGAAAACUGGAAGCCAAAGGAUUUGGUCAGGGCCCAGGGAAAAUUAAGCUCAUCAUUCGUCGGGACCAUUUGUUGGAAGGAACCUUCAAUCAGGUGAUGGCCUAUUCCCGGAAGGAGCUUCAGCGAAACAAGCUCUACGUCACCUUUGUUGGAGAGGAGGGCCUGGACUACAGUGGUCCUUCGCGAGAGUUCUUCUUCCUUUUGUCUCAGGAGCUAUUCAACCCUUACUAUGGACUCUUUGAGUACUCUGCAAAUGAUACCUACACAGUGCAGAUCAGCCCCAUGUCAGCGUUUGUGGAAAACCAUCUUGAAUGGUUCAGGUUUAGUGGUCGUAUCCUAGGCCUGGCUUUGAUCCAUCAGUACCUUCUUGACGCCUUCUUCACAAGGCCCUUCUAUAAGGCACUCCUGAGACUGCCCUGUGAUUUGAGUGACCUGGAAUAUUUGGAUGAGGAGUUCCACCAGAGUUUGCAAUGGAUGAAGGACAACAAUAUCACAGAUAUCCUAGACCUCACUUUCACUGUUAAUGAAGAAGUUUUUGGACAGGUAACGGAAAGGGAGUUGAAGUCUGGAGGAGCCAACACCCAGGUGACGGAGAAGAACAAGAAGGAAUACAUCGAGAGGAUGGUGAAGUGGCGGGUGGAACGCGGUGUGGUACAGCAAACUGAGGCCCUGGUGCGGGGCUUCUGUGAGGUUGUAGACUCGAGGCUUGUCUCCGUAUUCGACGCCAGGGAGCUGGAGCUGGUGAUAGCUGGCACGGCAGAAAUCGACCUGAACGACUGGCGGAAUAACACGGAGUACCGGGGAGGUUAUCAUGAUGGGCAUCUUGUGAUCCGCUGGUUCUGGGCCGCCGUGGAGCGCUUCAAUAACGAGCAGAGACUGAGAUUACUCCAGUUCGUCACGGGAACAUCGAGCGUGCCCUACGAAGGUUUCGCAGCCCUCCGAGGAAGCAACGGGCUUCGGCGUUUCUGCAUAGAGAAGUGGGGGAAGAUUACAUCUCUCCCCAGGGCACACACCUGCUUCAACCGAUUGGAUCUUCCACCGUAUCCCUCCUACUCCAUGUUGUACGAAAAGCUGCUGACAGCAGUAGAAGAAACCAGCACCUUUGGACUUGAAUGAGGAAAUGGAAACUCACCUGACAUUUUCCCGGCAGUCACAUCACCCUUUCUGGGGUGCUCCGCUUGCCCUUUCCCUGAAUCGGUCUCCUUUGAUUUUGGUAUCCCAUGAUUUUUAUUUUCAAACCAAAUCAGGAUUGACAAAAGCUGUGCAUGAAGAACUGCCUUCUUCUGAGAUCCAACCUUCAGGCUUAUCUCCUCUAUUCUCGAUGAACUGCUAGCCUGUAUGCAAUAUUAAACAGCAGCUGUCUCAAGGUCUGUGUGCAUCUCCACAUACCUCCAUUACUAACAAUGAAAUAGGAAUGCAAGUUAUGCUACACUUGACCAAAUGGUAAUAAAAGUUUACUUCCAUUUAUAUAAUUUUAGGGAAAUUUGAGCAUUAAGCAUUCCGAGCUUUUAUACGCCCAUGUCUUCUGAGCAGAGCCACCAUUUUUUAUAAUUUCUAACAACCAACUCCAGGUCUAGGAGCCAAUCAACAAUUUCUUUUCCUCCCACUCUCCUUUUCCCCGUGCAUACCAUCCAUCCAAAAACAGCAGUGGCAAAGCGGAAAUUUUUGUACAUUCAACUCAUGAGUCAUUAUGUGGCAUCAGUCCCAUCAGCUGGAACGAGCCUAGACAUACGGUGCAAAUAUUACACUUUCCAACAAAUGACAACAGCAAGGAAGACGCCUCCUGCUGAUGCAACACAGUGCAUCUCAACGGUGGUGGGGAUUGUGGCUCAAUCCGAGUUGAGAGAAGUCUAGGCGGGGCGCGUCCCUGGUGAACGCUCACCGCACAAGAAGCAGAAACUUGUGCGCAUGGAGAUCUCGCUACAUAGCGUAAAGAUGAGGCUUCUACCCCCACUGUGUUGUGUAGGAUGUGAUGAAACAAACAGGAGAGAGGGAAGAAGGCCCUGUUUGGUUGUUUUGAAUACCUGAGUUCUGUACUGUUUUAUUUUGGUUUGCUUUCUUCAGUCAAGGUACAGUUCUCCUUCACAAAGGGAGAAAAAAAAAACAACUAGAUAAUCUCAUGACUUUCGUUAAAGGUAAUUGUCCAACCAACUUUUGUUUUAACUUUGAUAUUGUUUUCUUCAUGCUACUUUCUUUUUUUCUUUUCUUUAUCGUCGUGUUCGGAUUCCUUCGCAUCUGAUUGUCCACAGGGACACGUUAAAUGAGAAGCUGCAGAGAGUGCUGUUGCUUGUUCGGGAUCAAGGGCAAUAUAAUACUCCUUUAUCCACACAACCCUCCAGGAGCCGACACCUAACGCCCCCCAAGGCACAUCGAUUUGUCAAAAUAGAUAUCCAGUUUCUUUUAGCACUCAGUAAAGAGAUAUCUCAGAAAACUUAGUGUUUUCAGAAAAACAGUCGCAGGCUCCAAAGACAGCCUAACCUCUUGAUUAUAUUUGGAAUAAGCCCAAACAUAAUGGUCAUUUCUAUUUUUCUAACCUUGUUAUCCAUGUUGUCUGAAAUGUGUCAUAAGUGAAAGUGUUUUUCUUCACUGGGAAAAGAUGAGCUUGAGGGGCCCCACUGUUGAGAUGUCACAUUGUUACUUCCAAUAUAUUAAACAAAAGAGAAAUGUGAGAAAUGUAAGACAAAGUUAAUUGGACAGGAAGCCGUGCCUGGUGCGCAUUGUAUCAGUGUGUGUCUGGGCACUGAGUUGUGUUUCCUGGGCUCCAAAAUGAAACUUCUUUUAGUAGGAAUUAUUUAUAAUGCCCAGCACCCUUUGCUGCAUGUAUCUAUUACCAAUCAGGAAAUAAUAUGUUACAGAAAUGUAGCUUUCUAUUGCCCUCUAAAAAGAAUAUUUACCAAGAUAAGAUGGAAUGUGUAAGUUACAUAAUACACAUUUCAGAGACCUGUAAAAUUCAGUACACAUUUCAGUGUCUGAAAAGUUAUGGGUUCUAAUGGAGCUAUUAUUUAUGAAAUCAGAGCAUACGGAUUAUGCAAAUCAUUUCACCAUUUUACCUCUUUGAACAGCAUCUCUAGUAUAGGGUGUCUUUCAUGUUUAGAACCUGGUGUUACCCAUGUGGAAAUACUCAUCAAUUCAAGCACUCGAUUCUUUUUUUAGUCCUUAUUUGUUAGGCACUGGCAAGGGAGGAAAAUGUUCAGAAGAAGGAACCUACUCCUGGGAGCUUUGCAAUUUACACAAAUAUCUAAUUAAUAUAUUAAUUACAUUACUUAAUAUCUAUUCUACCCAUACCCAGAAGGAACAAGGUAUCCUAGAAAAUAUAUAGAGACAGAUAACUUGGGCAUAAAUGGUUUUUCAGCUAACUUUGCCUUCUUCCUAUUCCCCCUCCUCCCACCCUGAUGCCCUGACUCUAAAAGUAUCCCACAAAGCAUUGCAGGAUCAGUAUUUUGUGAAAGUAUAAAAUUCCAAAAAGAAAUACUGAUGUCCAAGUCAGCUCAAAGGAUGCAAAGCUUGCUUCACAGGGUCCCAGAUUCUACUACAGCUUUGCAUAGAAUCCUAAAAGAAGGUAAACAUAGAGAAAAAGAGUCCAUACAGUUGUUAUGGAAAAAUCCUAUGAUUUCUCUAUGUUCCAAGUGAUGUUUCUUUAGCUAUUAUUCCCUAAUAUAUGAGGCUGGAAUACAUGUAAAGUGUGUGUGUGUGUGUGUGUGUGUGUGUGUGUGUGUGUGUGUGUAAUUAUGCUAUUAAUUCCACUAGCUGGAGGUGUAACCCUCUCCCAAUCAUAUGACACAAUGAGUGAGGCAGACCUGUUUGUUACCACUUGUAUUUUUUUUUAAUCUAAAGUAUGAGUUUUCUCCUUGGAGGCAUAUUAUAAUAUUAAUCACUUAUAAACCACAAUUCCCCUAAAACAAGACCUUUUAGAGCUCGUUUGGGUAAGAGUAUAUUACCCUUAAUUGGGGAACAAAUGAGAACAAUAAAUAAGAGAAAACUUACAUUUCAAGUAGAAAAAUACUUUUAAAAUGCUCUGAAGUAUUAUAAUAAUUUCAUAGAUAUGACAUUUUAUUCUGUGAUAUGAAGAUGAUAAUCCUAAAAAUUGAAAUUGCCUCUGCUAGGUCAGGAGUUCUUUGUAACUUCCUGUGUAUAUAAGUCGGCAGCAGUCAUGAGAACUUUUUACUACCAUCACCAAUGUAGCACAAUUGUUUGAAGGACAAUGAGGAAAUUAAGAAAAAGAGACAAAGGAUCCUUUGGCAGACUUCUAAAUCUUUUUUCUCUUUAAUACAUGACCAUAUGUCCAUUAAUGGUAAGUAUCUCUGUAUGGCAAGUUGAUAAGCCAGACUUUCCAGAACAAUUCUAAUGUUACAUCUUUGGUAUCUGUCAGUCCAUGUGUCAAACCAUGUGUCCAAAAUCUGGGUUCAAAAAAUUUCUCAGUUGCCACAAAUGUUUUCCCAGUCAAGAUGAAACACUUUCAAAUGAAAGUAGUUAGAACUUUACAUAACAAAUGUGGUGCUUUAUUAUUAUUAUUAUUAUUAUUAUUAUUAUGUACUUCAGUGUUCAUUAUUAAAACUACUGCAAUACUAUAUCAUAAAAAUCUGGGAUGGAUGUUCUAGCCAUCAUAAGGUCCAAAAGAGAAAAUGUUAUUUUCCUGUUAGUGACAUGUAGUCCCUUUGUUCUAGUAGAAAAAAAAAAAAAAGGUGCCUAGAGGUAGUAGAUAGAGUAAAUAUUGUUCCAUUAGCCUACUUCCUGCAGCUUCCAAUUUAUCUAAGGAAAUGUCUAUAACAAUUUUGUUAAAAGUCUUUGUUCUAGUCCAUAGCAGGAGAAGUCCACAUUACUGGGCUGAUUUUGCUUACAUCAACAAGAAAAAUGUCAUGUGAUACUCAGGCCGAGCUUUCUCUUCCAUCAUAUCACCUUCAAGGAAUGUCAAUAAACUCACUUUGGU